GCGAGGGAACAGAGCGUCCGCUUCUCUUCCGACUUCUCGACAACAUAAACAACCAUGGCUGCCCUGCGCCGGCUCGUCGCGACGUUCGCCAAUAUCUCAAAAGGAGGGACGAAUGCGACAGGAAAACAAGCGUCAAAGAAAGGCAAUGUGUUAAAAUACAUGACAGCUGGAUCCUGCGUCAGCGCCGGGGCUGGGAUAGCUUAUUAUUUAUACGGUUUUGAUGUUAGGCGCUCAGGAAGUGCGAGCUAUGUCGAAGCUCGAGUUUUGCAUCUGGCUUUGCCAUCAGUAUCGGCGAGCGACAAGCCGAAGGCCAGGCCCUAUGACCAGCUGGACGAGGGCUAUGUGUACAUGUCAUCGUACGAGAACAGAUUUCGCCUGUUCAGCUCCGUGGAAGUGGAAGGCCAGUUCUACAUGACACCCCGCAACUUCAUCGAGUCCGUCACCCUGGCCGAGCCCAAACGUAAAAGGGCAUGGAAGUCUCUCACGAAAAAGGAUUUGGAGCAGAUGCUGGGCGACACCCCGCCUGUUUGGAAAGGAUCAUCUAAUUUGUUCAGGAACCUUCAAGAAGGAGGCGUCAUCAGCUACACAGAGUACCUGUUCCUGCUCUGCAUUUUAACAAAGCCCCGGGCGGGCUUCAAGAUCGCUUUCAACAUGUUGGACACGGACGGGAACCAAAUGGUGGACCGGAUGGAGUUUCUGGUGCUCGAGGAAAUCUUCCGCAAGAAAAAGGACAAGAAGGAAGAGGACUCCCGGAGAUCCGACCUGAAGAGCCUUCAGCUGUACGGUCAUCAGAAGUCCCCUGCACACAGCGUCCUGAACAGAGACAGUCAGCAUGCGGACAAGAAGGGCAUGUGGGAUGUUGUCAGGCGAGGCACUAGUCACGUUCUGUUCUCUGAUCUCCCCGAGUAUGAUGACCGUAUUGCCGACACGACUCUCCUGGUUCACUUCUUUGGCAAAAUGGGCAAGGCAGAGCUGAACUUUGAGGACUUUUACAAGUUCAUGGACAACCUGCAGACGGAGAUGCUUGAGAUAGAGUUCCUGUCCUACUCCAAAGGCAUGCCGACCAUCAGUGAGGAGGACUUUGCACGUACCCUUCUGCGCUUCACCAACGUGGAGAACAUCAGCGGCUACCUAGACAACGUCCGCAACCGCAUACCGGACGAAAAGGGAAUUACUUUUGAAGAGUUUCGCUCUUUUUUCCAAUUCUUGAACAACCUGGAGGACUUCACCAUCGCAAUGCAAAUGUACAACUUUGCCAACCGCUCCAUCGGCCAAGAUGAGUUCACCCGGGCCGUGUACGUGGCCACCGGGCUGCACCUGACGCGCCACGUGGUCAACACCGUGUUCCGCAUCUUCGACGAGGACAACGACGACAAGCUGAGCUACAAGGAGUUCCUGGGUGUCAUGAAGGAGAGGCUCCAGCGCAGCGAGAAGGGCAUCCGAGUCGAGGAAAAGUUCACCAACUUCAAGUCCUGCAUGAAGAAGGAACUUUCUGGAAAAUAGGAUCACAUUUCAGCACAAUGCUACAGUAGCUCUGCAAACGGGACAUGAGGGAUGCCCCUGAAGAGGAGUGGGAAGCGGGAAGCCAUUCUCUCCAAUUGGAUGUGGAAACACAGCGUCUCUGUGUCUCUGUGCAGUGUCUUCAUCAAGUGUCUUUAAAAAAAAAGAGAAUAUUUUAUAGAGAUUAUUGCUUCAGCUUUAAUGAUAAAGCCUACACUUUAAAUAUCAAACAUAUAUGUGUGCCAGAAGACACUUUCUAAAAGGUAGUACUGCCGGUGUGCGCAUUGUGCCCACAUUGCAAACAUGUGACACUGAUUUGUUAGCUGCUUGUUGCUAAUGCUACAUUGCGGUGUUCUGUGUUUGUUAGCUACUUCCCCCUAGUGCAGUGCUCUGUGUUUGUUAGCUGCUUCCUGCUAUUGCUACAGUGCGGUCUUGGUGUUUGUUAGCUGCUUACUGCUAAUGCCACAAAGAAGUUCCCGUGGCUCUCGGCUGCCUAACUUCUUGCUGUCUCUGUGCAGUAAGGAGCCCAUUGCUAACAUACUUUUUAUCCUGAGCGGGGCUCCAUUUAAAGAUCAGUUUAAGCAGGGGCAGUGCAUCCUCCUUCCUCCCUUCCUUCCUUCCUUCCUUCCUUCCUUCCUUCCUUCCUUCCUUCCUUCCUUCCUUCCUUCCUUCCUUCCUUCCUUCCUUCCUUCCUUCCUUCCUUCCUUCCUUCCCUCCUUCCCUACUUCCUUCUCUUCCUUCCCUCUCUCUCUCUCCCUUACCCCUUCCCGACUCCCCCCUCUCUCUCUCUGCUCCCAAAGACUUUGAGCACACUUUUUACAAGAGGCCUCCAGGGGUUCGUGACAGGGUCGGGUCUGUGGCUCUUCUCGUUUAAUGCUUGCAACGGUAAAUACGUGUUAGAAUGUAGGAGAUGUUACUGAAUUUAGCAGGGAGCUAUUUUUAUAAAGCUAGCAUGCAUGAGUUCUCUAGAAGAUAUGCAAAAACCCUAAAGCCAUAAAUGAAUAGUCGACCAAUAUGUGGGCACUGAACUUGAACUGUUUAAAUUUUAAAAGAAGAUCAAUUGAAUAUGUCAACCUGUUUUCAGUGUUGAAAGAAUCGUCCCUUUAAAAGAACACUGCUGAAUACUAGAGAUCUGUUACAGAUCAAAUUGUAUCUGAUUUUGUAUGUUAUUCAUAUAAUAUGGUCAGGUAGGUCUUAAAUGGUGUAAACUAGUCUUAUUUAUUUAUUUAUCUAUCUAUUUAUUUAUUUAUUAUAUUUAUUUUCAUUACAUUACAUUCGUAACAUUAAUGUCAAUGUCGAGUAGGAAUAUUUACAAUACGAUCUACAAUAAACCGAUUUGGAUGCUUAUAUAAA